UUGAGCCUCUUCAUUUAUGUGUUUUUAGGCCUCAAUGAUUUGCUGAGAAGCACCGAAAUAGUCUGCAAAGCACAGCUGCGUAAUUUGGAUUUAAAAACGCCGGUUGAUGAAGAAAGUUUGAGGCAAAUCUUGUUCGGUAUCAAGAGGCGAAUGGAUCUACUGGACUGCCGGCAUUUCUCAUAUCUCAUCGUACCAAAAUUUGCGAACAAGAAUGGCUAUGCAGUCCGGGAUGUUGGCCAGUUGAAUGUUCUUUUAACACGUCUCGUGGAUAUGCUGGAAUCAUCAAAAUUUUGUGAAUCAGCACGGCAAAGAGCAGGAGAUGGCGUUUGCUCGAGUGCUGCCUCUGAUCACGGACAGCUUCCACAGUCUGUCCAAAAGUGGUUUCGAUUCACCGAUCCAGAACAUAUUGUGCUCAACUGA